AUGGUUGUGGCCACGUCCGCCGUCAAACUGCUCGUGUCCGUCAAGCUGUCCGAUGGACUGGACCGUAUUACACGCCGACGAACGUUCGGUUACCAGCCGAAAAUUAAGACGCCGCAGGAAGCGGUAUCUAAAAUGCGGGAUAACUGGGAGUAGACGAUUGUGACGUGUAAUCGGAUGACUGUAAUAACAAUAAUAUAGACAGAUGACUACGAUACGGACGCUGAUGACUGUGACAUCGACAUGGACGCGAAAUGUUGCGGUAUAUACGGACGCGGACGCCAUCGAUGCAUGCAGGCGAACGACCGCGAGUUAAUUGCGUACGACUGGGUGGUAAAUAACGUGCGAAACGUUGCCAAAAUCCAAGUCGACUUAUACGUCGCCAUUAAACGCGGACGUCCACAAGACGGAUAA